CAAACUGCUUUUCUUCCUUGAAUCAGCUCAAAUGAAAAUAGUAAAUUCUAUUUUGCUACAACAGUACGCGUACAUGUAUGUUUCUUUAGCGCUUGGAAGUCGAAGUUUAUGUUGCCUUCGCAGCUGAUUUGUGCAGCGUUAUUUCUAGCCUGGUGCUCUGGCUUUUUCUUGAGCUAUCAUCCACCAUGCCAAGGACAGACAAUGAUUUCUUGAUCCUCUAUGGGUCACAAACAGGCCAAGCCAAAGCCAUUGCUGAAGAAAUUCACAACAACAGCGAAUCUCAGGGACUAAGCUCGCGGAUUUUCUGCCUUAGCCAAACAGACAAAAAGUUUGCCGUUGACCGGGAACAGCUGGUGGUGUUUGUCUGUUCGACAACCGGCGAUGGAGAUCCUCCGGACACAGUGAUGAAGUUCUGGCGGCGAGUGAAGAAGAAGACUCUGCCCAGUGACCAGCUAGCAUCUCUGAGGUUCACUGUUCUUGCUCUGGGUGACUCCAACUACGGCAACUUCUGUCGCAUGGGCAAGCUGCUGGAUUCGCGCUGUGCUGAGCUAGGAGCGGCUCACUUUUACCCGUCUGGCUUUGCGGAUGAUGGCAUAGGGCUAGAGGUUGUUGUAGAUCCGUGGAUCAGAGGACUAUGGAUCGCUCUGCGUGUUGAGCUUGGUCUACCUGAGCUGAUUGACGGUUCAGCGGACACGCCUGAAGCAGCCGAGGGAUCCGCUGCUGUUGCUGCUGCUCCACCUGCUGCUCCAUCUGCUGCAGUAGUCAAUGGACUGACGCAGGCUGCCAGUGAUAUGACCUUGCAGGAAAAGGUGGUUUCUGAAUCGAACAGUGCUGGCAUAGAGACGGCUGUGUCUGAUGCUGCUGCUGCUGCUAGCGCUACUGCAGCUGUUGCCAGUCCCGUCACGGAGAGCGUCGUGACUAGCGACUCAGCAGCCAGUGCUGUAGGGAACGGUGUGCCAGCAGCAGUAGCUACAGGAAAUGAUGCAACUCGGAAUGGUGCUGAUGUCACUCAGAAUGGCACCGGUGUAACUCAGAAUGGCACCGGUGUAGCUCAGAAUGGCACCGGUGUAGCUCAGAAUGGUGCUGGUAUGACUAAGAAUGGUGCUGAUCUCACCUACCUGCAGCGUGUGCUUCAUCCCAGUCCAGCCCUGGAUGGUGUUGCCAUUAGCCCACCAGCUUGCCCUGCACCAUUCCUUGAGCUGAAGUGGCUUGAAGAGGGCACCCCAGAGGAAGGAUGCGGCAACAUGCCAUUCGCUGACUCGCCAAUCUGCUCCAUACCGGUUAUAUCUUCACGUUUGCUUACCAGAGAUGGUGCUGUCAAAACAACAUUUGAAGUAACUGCAGAUUUGUCUGGCACGGAGCUCAAGUAUGAGCCGGGUGACUCAUUCAGUGUCAUCUGUCAAAACUGUGACAAGGAUGUGCAGACAGUGAUAGACCGCCUUGGCCUAUCGGAGAAGCGGCGGCACUGUUGUCUGCAGGCGAAUGUUAGGGCUGACACCAAGAAGAAAGCUGCAAGUGUGCCGGUGCAUUGUACUGGCACUCGUACUGUGCAGCACCUCCUAUCGCGAUGCCUGGAUAUCCGAGCAGUGCCCAAAAAGCUAUUUGUUCGCGCACUUGCAGAAUUCACGAGUGAAAAAACAGAAAGACGGAGACUGCUUGAGCUGAGUAGCAGGGAAGGAGCUAGUGAGUACCAGAGCUAUGUACGCGAGGCUUGUCUCGGUCUGGUCGAUUUUCUCAACGUGUUUUCCUCGUGCCGACCAUCGCUAGAAUGCUUACUGGAACAUUGUCCACGUCUUCUUCCUCGCCCGUACUCUGUUGCUUGCUCACAAAGGUGUCACCCGAGCCAGUUCAAGUUUGCCUUGAAUCUGGCCUACUCACCACAGCCUUUACAGUUGGAGAGCAGCACUGCACAGAGACCUGGUCUGUGCAGUCACUGGCUGUAUUCCCUAACCACACCGCUACGUACACUGGCUACCAACGGUAGCGCUAGAGAAGGUACACCGUGUGUUGCUGAUGGAUCACUGCCGUGCAUCAGUGUCUUCCACCGCAAGCCAACCAGCUUCAGGCUCCCGGUCACCGCCAGUACACCCAUCAUCAUGGUCGGUCCCGGUACAGGUGUGGCACCGUUUGUUGGCUUUCUCGAAGAGCGGCAAGCUAUUCUUAAUAGUUUCCCGCACCAAGAGGAGGACACGGAUGAAAGCCGUUCACAGUGCACCCAGCGUGCUGCUGCUGCUGGCCUUGGUGACGCAUGGCUAUUCUUCGGAUGUCGCCAUCAUGAUCUUGAUCACCUUUACCGGUCAGAACUUGAAGGCUUUGUCCAGAAUGGCUCACUCUCACGCCUCCUCGUUGCCGUAUCUCGCAGUGAGGACACGCCAAAGGCAUACGUCCAGGAUGAGAUAACAAGACACGCUAAGGAACUAGGCCAUCUCCUGGUUGAGAAGGCAGCCAUUAUCUACGUGUGUGGAGAUGCUAAGAACAUGUCGAAAGACGUAUCCGCGGCCUUUGCGAAUGUCUUGGCAAGCUACAAGAGCUGCUCGGAGGCAGAGGGACAAGCCUCGGUGGCCGUGCUGCGCAAGGAACGCCGCUACCUGGAGGACGUCUGGACGUAAGGCGGAGAUGCGAGGACUUCUGCUGACAGCCAAUAUGCCAUAUGUCAGAAUCACUUACCUUGCCAAAGCUACCAUGGGUGUAUUUAGGCGUAUUCUAUGUACGUGAGUCACGAGCCAUGCAUGAGCCACCUGACAGUUUUAGGUUUAUUGAACAUUGGACAUUCUUAUCCAGUACCUAUUUAUUCUCAACAAAUUGGUCCAUUACUCUUGUCGUGCGGGAGAUUUCCAUUAGGUGGUCACCAAGACGACGUUUAGUGUCACAGCUCUAGUGUUGAUUUCUGGACAUCCUAUUCUCUCGUGCGACUCAUCUGAAAGAUCGCUUGAGACGCUGAACUUGAGCAGGAUUUAGUCCAUUUCCAUGUCGACUGACUGGCAGUUUUCGGCUCUCUCUUUCUGUCGCUCUCAUUCUCUCUCUCUCUCUCUCUCUCUCUCUCUCUCCUUUCUUUUUUUCUUGGGUAUUUUUCAAUGAUUUUUAUGCCUUUUUGGUAUUUAUUUUUAUACUUCCACAAAUAGCACUAGUACUGGCGAAAGCGUUCCAUUCUACAACUACUUUGAGAAGUAUCAGGUAGUGAGUUUAUUCAUUACCCAAAAGACUA